ACAUCACCAUAAAGGAAGUGCAAUGGUUGGUCAAUCGUUUUGACAGUUUUUGCUAGUUGUCAUGUGACAAAGAAGACGUCGUUCGUUUUGUAGUGUUUAUUUUAUAUUAACUCCGAUAUGCUCCCGCGUCUUCGGUGAAUGACUGAAGAGAUAUGGAUUGCAAAGGAGAACCAUGGUGAUAAUCAAUUCAGUACUGAAACUCUUGCAGAGACAGACCUACACCUGUCUGUCCCACCGCUAUGGACUGUACCUCUGCUUUGGAGGGAUAGUCCUCAUGAUCGUCUCUGCCUUCCAGUUUGGAGAAGUGGUGGUAGAGUGGAGUAGGGAUCAGUACCAUGUACUGUUUGACUCGUAUAGAGACAAUGUAGCUGGGAAAUCAUUCCAGACUCGGCUGUGCCAGCCCAUGCCCAUAGAUGUGGUGUACACCUGGGUGAAUGGCACGGACACCGACCUGAUGAAGCAGCUACGUGGUGUGAGAGAGCAGCUGAAGGAAGAGCAGAGAACACUGCGGGAACGGCUGGGGAAGAAUGCAAGUGAUCCGACUGCAUUGCCGAAGGACCGCGUGAAACCAGAAUGUCUGCUGUCCCAUUGUAUUAUUGCGCCCAUGCUAGCCCUGGACCCGGCUCUGCCAGCCAACGUCACUCUGAAGGAGCUGCCAUCGCUCUCGCCCUCCUUCUCCACCGCCAAGCUGCUGUUGCAAGUGGCCAAGCCCCUCCACCCCUCCAUCACAGUGUCUGUGGUCGUCUUUCACUCCCAGGCUGAUGCGGACAAGGCCUACACAGACGCACCCCGUGAGGCUCUGAAGCGCUCUGUCUCUAGAUGUUACCUGACCACAGAUAAGGAAGCACCAGGUCUGGUCCGCAUGCAGAGCCUGGCAUACCUCAGUGGCUUCCCAGCAUCCUUCAAGGAGACAGAGCAGCUCAGAGUCAAACUGCCAUCUGUUGUCACUGGCAAGAUCAAACAGUUCCAGCUGUAUACGGAGGCCAGUAUCGCCCUGCUCCAUCUGAACAGCCCUCAGGACUUUACUGACCUGACCCAGCAGGCCAAAAAGAACCUGACCCUGGAUGGGAAAGAGCUGACCAUCAGCGCUGCUUAUCUUUUCUGGGACCUGACUGCCAUCACACAGUCCAAGCAGGACGAGGACGUCUCGGCCAGUCGCUUCGAGGACAACGAGGAGCUGCGUUAUUCGCUGCGCUCGGUAGAGAGACACGCCCCCUGGGUGCGACACAUCUUCAUCGUGACCAAUGGGCAGAUCCCCUCCUGGCUGAACCUGGACAACCCCCGCAUCACCGUGGUAACACACCAGGAUGUCUUCCAGAACCACACCCACCUGCCCACGUUCAGUUCCCCUGCCAUUGAGACCCACAUCCACCGAAUCCCAGGCCUGUCUCAGAAGUUCAUCUACCUCAACGACGACGUCAUGUUCGGGAAGGACGUGUGGCCUGACGACUUCUUCAGUCACUCCAAAGGACAGAAGGUGUACCUCACCUGGCCGGUCCCUAACUGUGCUGAAGGUUGUCCAGGCUCCUGGAUCAAAGAUGGCUACUGUGACAAGGCCUGCAACAACUCCGCCUGUGACUGGGAUGGUGGCGACUGCCUCGGAGCUGGGGGCAGCCGGUUUGGGACCGGUGUGGGUGGAGUGGGUAAUCAGCCCUGGCAGUUUGCAGGAGGUCUAGGUGGCAUCGGGGGCGUGUCCAGCUGUAACCAAGGCUGUGCCAACUCCUGGCUGGCAGACAAGUUCUGCGACCAGGCCUGCAACGUGCUCUCCUGUGGCUUUGACGUGGGCGACUGUGGACAAGAUCACUUUAACCAGCUCUACAGCAUCACCCUGCUGAAGAACAGGACCCUGUACACCCUGCCGGUGGGUGAGACCAGACCAUACUUCAGCUUUGCAGGCGUGGCUCGCCGGGUGACCGAGGCCCAGGUCAGCGACAACCCGGCCGUGCGCCAUACUUCGGUGGCCAACAAGUGGAAGACGGUCCACCUGCUCCUCCACUCGGGCCACAAUGCCUCGCUGGUCCACUACAACCUCACUGUCCGAGGGGAUGACGACAAGGAGUCCUCGCUGACCUUCAGCGUGGCUGUGGACACCCGCCAGCUCCCCCAGCCCAACGUGUCCGUGUCCGACCCACUCCACAAAGAUGGAUCCAAAGAGGCCAAGCCCACCACCGCCACCGCAGAGCCAGAGGUCCCUUUCGAGGAUGUCCCUCUGGAGAAACAAGGUCCCCGAGUCCUGAAGAGGCCACCUGGGGAAAAUGAGGUGAUCGUGGAGGUGCCUGCGCUGAACGUGUCCCUGCUACCGGCGGCCUUGCAGAGUGAGCUUCAGAGGCUGCAAGGAAAGCUCCUGGUGGGUGACAUCACUAUGAAGGGUUAUAACCUCACCAAGGCUAUACUGCUGGGGCCGUACAAGGCUCUGGCCAAUCAGGACCCCAGGUUAACACCAGCAGACCAGAUCAAACCCCAGGACAAGCCUUUUAAAGACCCAAUAGGACAUGUGGUGAGGAGAGAGGCAGACGCACCACAGCUAGUCGAGGCUAACCCAGUAGCACAACACAGUCCAGAAAGAAACAGAGCGGAAAAGACCAAAGAGCCAGAGGGAACCGAGGCACCAGAGGAGGUGCCCAAGUCGAGCAUUGUUGGUGAGAAAGGGAAACAGAAAGCACAAAAGACUCCAGCAACCCCCAUCCCAGUUCUAGUGGAUGGUGAGUUUCCGAAAGCCGCUAAAGCCCAGGAAACCCCCCCCACAGAGAAACCUCCACUGUCCUCCAAGCUGCUGAGCACCUUGGUGGGCAGCAUGUCCAAAGCCAAGGGAUCAGAGGACCAAUCACAGCAGCAGCGGGCAGGGGCCGAGAAGGGAGCCCGGGGGGUUCCUUUGGGCAGGAAGCUGCAGCACUACACCUCCUCAGAUAGAGGCUUCCUGCCCUGGGAGAGACGGAAGUACUUCCAGGACCUGCUGGAGGAGGAGGAGCGUCUGGAGGGAGAGCUGGCGUACCAGGCAGACAGCGCCGCCGCUGGCCGGAGGCUGCAGGACACCUUCGCUGACUCCCUCCGCUACGUCAACAAGCUGCUCAACGGCCAAUUUGGCUUCACCUCCCGCAAGGUCCCCGCCCACAUGCCCCACAUGAUCGACAGGCUCAUCAUGCAGGAGCUCCAGGACAUAUUCCCACAGGCGUUUGACCUGACGUCGUCCCACCGCGUGCGUCACCCGGAGGACAUGCAGUUUUCAUUCUCCUACUUCUACUUCCUGAUGUCGGCCCUGCAGCCGCUCAACGUCUCGCAGGUGUUCGACGAGAUCGACACGGACCACUCCGGCGUUCUGUCUGACCGCGAGAUCCGAACGCUGGCCACUCGCAUCCAUGAGCUCCCCCUCAACCUACAGGAUCUGACAGGUCUGGAGCAGCUGCUGAUCAACUGUUCUAAGACGCUGCCCACCAACCUGACCCAGCUACAUAUUGUUAGCCCUACACAGGAGGCAUACUACGAAGCCAGCAUGCCUCCCGUCACUAAAGGUCUGGUGGUCCACUGUAAAGCCGUCACAGAGCGCAUCCACAAGGCCUUCAAAGACCAGAACAAGUACAAGUUUGAGAUAAUGGGCGAGGAGGAGAUAGCCUUUAAGAUGGUGCGGACCAACGUGUCCCAUGUGGUGGGCCAGCUGGAUGACAUCAGGAAGAGCCCCAGGAAGUUCAUAUGUCUAAACGACAACAUUGACCACAGCCAUAAGGACGCAGGGACUGUUAAGGCGGUACUGAGGGACUUCUAUGAGUCCAUGUUCCCCCUGACCUCCCAGUUCGAGUUGCCCAGAGAAUACCGCAACCGCUUCCUCCACAUGGGAGAGCUCCAGGAAUGGCGAGUAUAUCGUGACAAGCUGAAGUUCUGGACCCACUGUGUAUUGGUGACUCUGGUGAUCUUUACUGUCGUCUCCUUCUUUGCCGAGCAGCUGAUUCUACUGAAGCGCAAGCUGUUUCCCAGACGCAGGGUCAGCAACGAUGUCAACCCAGAGCGCGUGUGAAGCACGAGGGAAAACGUCCUUAUCCUCCUCUCUGCAUCCUCCCUCCACCUCUCUCCUUGAGUUCAAAGUGAGGGCCAUGCAGGGGUAGGUGGAGAGCGAGGGCUAUCCCUAAAUCUCGAAAUGUCCUCACCUGGGAUUGCGUCAGCAUGGCUCAAGGAGAGGGGGACUCUUGUAAACAACGUCAAUCAUGUGUGGUGGGUAAGAUGAUUGACAGGCAUCACCUGGCUGGGAGAUGCUGGAGUGAUGCUGUGCCAGCGGACAAAGCCUGUAAAGCCAGAAACUUCUCUUCCCUUCCACCAGGGGCGCCAGAGGGACUUAUUGCCCACACACCAGGCUGUAGAGAAGGACACUGACUGAGCCAACUAUGUGCUAAACUGCUUUAGUCCAGUCAGUGUGAUUGAUGUACUGUUAAAAGCAUGAUCUGGAAGCGAUUGACUGGAGACACCAUCUCUGGUGUGGGUUUACAGCACCUUAACCAUGAGAGCUGUAACCUUCCGAAGCGUUCGAGGUUAGGUUGGACACUUUUAAUUUAACCUAUAUUCCACAGAAGGAAAAAAGGGAUCGGGAAGGGGUUGAUCAGAAUAACAGGAAUUAUGCCAUUUGACCUGUUUCACCAUGUCACUGUCUACAUUCAACACAAGUGCCUUAUUUUAAAGAGUGUUACCUGAAGUAUCAGACUGUAUGACCUUGUUUACCCAUUGUCCCUGCUUGCCUUUUUAAAUGUCUUGGUUGGAUUUGGUAUUUACAUGUCAUAAGUGAUUUCUUUCAAAGGCAUGGGGGAAAAAUGCCACACAGGUUGUUUAAAAAAAAUCAUGAAUGUUUCACACAGUAGACCACACAGCGAUCAGCCAUCCGCACAGAAUGUGUCCCUGUGGGAUACUGUACGUAUAGCUCUGCUAGUGUCUGAAAUUCAGAUCUCUGCAGCAUGCUCUGUAACAUCUGAUUGUAUUGUUCUGUGAAUGCGUUCCUAAUGAAUGCCACGGACUGUUAAUUUAGCUCCACAAGUGUUCUACUACUGACCCUCAAUUAUUUUCUGAUUCUAUGGUCUCUGUUGAGCCUUCGCAGUGCAUUGAUGUUAAUUAUGAUAAAAUGUGAAUGAUUGCCAGCAGCAGCAGAACCAUGUUUUGCUGCCUUACUAUUGCUGAACUGUGGUAUGCAGUGUGCCAGAUUACACAGCCUGGUCUCAGACUAGACGUAACAUAGUAAGAGUAAAUCUGGGACACUCAAAUUAGGAUAUGUAGCAAGGUUACUUAAGGAAAAAAUUAGUUGGGUGGGCAUAUAAUGCGAACAUUAGUAACCCAAAGGUUGCGUGUUUCUGUUGCUAAAGUUGUCUAACUCAUUUUUUAAAUACUUUGCAAAUGUUCGUGUUAGCCACACAACAAAUUGGAAUUUGUAACAUGUACUAUAUGGCGUGCCACGGAUUUAUGUACAGAAUAACACAAAAUGCUCUGAGACCAGGUUGAAUUACAACAAUGGGUGGUAUGCAUGGAUAUUGAGCUAAUGUACAUUUGAAGUGAGUCUCUUGGGAGUGUCAAAUUCACAAUUUUAGUUUACUCAUCACUUUGGCUCAUCCCAAAAUCAAAUAAACCUGAAUCGCUUGGUUAUGCUUUAAA